AUGUUGAAGCUCAGUCAGCUAAACCCAAUCGGAGGUCAGCUUUCGAAUUAUGCUAAAGCAUUACCGAAAACGACACCAAAUGUACACCGCAGAUAUCUGGAAAAAAUCAGAAUUAUUGGAUACAACGAUCCGUACAGCCCUUCGUUUUUCGCACAAGGAACUCAGAGUAUACCGACUUCUGUUACUACCGGUCACGUUAUUGAUUAUUUGCUGAACUUCAUUUCUUCGUAUACCGGCCGUCCGAUGAAGAAUGCUCGUAGUGUGGAAGGAUACCGGAAGUUUGAGGCAGGGUUUGUGCACUCUCUUCAAGGAACCAUGCGAGAAGGGUACCAUGUUCUCGUAGGAAAGGUAAUUCACUCGAUGAAACUGAAGGAAAAUAUGUUGAGACCGUGGAUAAUUAUUGAUGUACGUGGAAACAUUAUUUAUGCGCACUGUACCUGCGUUGCGGGGAUAACUGAGACUUGUUCUCAUGUUAGUGCUGUGUUAUAUGCAUUGGCUAAUCUGCAUGCACGGUCGAUUAUUCACAAGCUUACAGUUACAGAUUUCCCAUGCUAUUGGCGCCAGCCGACGAAGAACGUUCGUACAGAUCUGUAUAAAAAAGUUCGGAAUAUUGGUUACGGAAAAACAUCGAAAUAUUACUACGACACUAUUUCUGGCAAAACAAGACAAGAUUUCGACGCUAUGUUGAGAAAGCUAAACGAGAACGAAGAACAGUCUGUGCUUUUAAACACGAUUUGUGAUGGUGUCAAGUUCACAUGCCAGAAUUGUCAAAAGAACUACGUUCCGGAUGAACUUAUUAUUAAUCGAAACGUUUUGCUGCAAGGAAACUUCAGCGAUGCUUUUAGAGGAAAAAAACUGGAUGAUCUCAGAGAAGUGGGGCGAGGACUAAAAUUCACUUUGACAGAGUCAGAUGUAGUAGCAGUUGAGAAAUUAACUCGGAAGCAAGCAAGCUGCAGUUUUUGGCGGUGGGUUCGAAUCGGAAGAGUGACGGCUUCAUGUCUUAAAGAAGUCGUGAAUACAUCGAAUCAGUAUCCUCCACCUAAGUUGACUCUACUCAAGAGAAUAUGCCACCCGUAUGCGACACCUGUUGACACACCUGCAUUAGCCUACGGUAGGAGAAACGAACCAAUUGCCAAGAAAGCACUUUUCAAAAUGUUAUCUGAACAGCACGACAAUCUGCAUCUCUCUGAUUGUGGCAUACUUAUUGAUCAAAAAAGUGCUUUUUUAGUGCAUAGGUAG